AUGGUAGGAGCAAACGCUUCAUCAAUAUCUACUCAAUACUAUAAAUUGGCCCAUUUGGGUUCAAUAAAUUAUACUAUAUAUACUUCAUCAGAUAAUAAUGAUCAAGCAUUACUAGAGUUGGAAUUGACAAUCCGACACAAAUGGCCACAAAUACUAGUGACUUACUAUAACAAGAGCUUGUAUUAUUUUGUAUUCGGUCAUAACCAGGCCAAUUCUGAAAUGAUCGAUUUAAGCAAUGAAUUCCCACAAUUAUCUACAAAAUAUACUGAUACUGUAAAUGUCGAUCAAUUCCCCAAUCCUCACAAGACUACUAAAGGCGAUGAUAAUUUGGCCAUGGCAAGUUUGAGUUUUCUAAAAGCAACAAAAAAGAUGAUAUUAUACAACUUGUCCUUAUGUGGUGCAAUUAAGUUAUUUGGUAAUUACUGUGUCACCACAACGGGCAAUUCGGUAUAUUCCAUUCUUUGCAUUGAUCCAAUAUUAUUUCAAAAUGGUGAUUUGAUAGUUUCUUGUGUGGAAAAGCCUUUCACGCAAUUAUUCAGCUCGUCUAUUGCAUAUCCAAGAAAUCUUGCAAUUGACACUAAUUUUGUCAUUUAUUUGAUUCCCAGUGGUAUCAGAUGUCACUUGUUUGAUCCAACGAGUUUGAGGAAUAACUUAAUUGAAAAGCCACAAAUUGAAAACGGGAAGCUAUUAGAGUUGUUAAAAAUUACAACUGGAGUUCAGUGCGAUGAGUCCACUUUAUGGGUAAAACUCAUACCGAACCUCAAACAUUUGAACAACCAAACCUCGACAAUCGGGAAAUUUAUUCAUUCAGUUGAUAAUAAGAAAUUCAUUUUAUGGCCCUGGGAUUUGUGUUUACUACAAAUCGGAAAGUAUGAAGCCACCAUACACGAGGAAGGCUUUAUCGAAUCAGCAGAAUUGAAUAACCCCCUACACUUGAUUUCCAGCUUUCUUGACUUCCGCAUAACACAUAAUUCUCAAUUGAAACACCAGGUAGACAAUCUAUUGGAUCACCAGCAAGGAGAAGCAGUUAAUGUAUCUUUAAGUGCUGGUAGCGUACAAGCCACUGGGGCAAGCUCUAUUGGAAAUGUGCCUGACAUCUCAAAAGAUGUAGACACUGUUGGUUUGAACACAACUACUCCUAUAGAAACAGAUCUAUUCAAUUUACAAGACACCGAAGAGUUUUUUAAAAGUGAUAAUAUUCAAAUGGAUAUUGAAAGUCAGAUUCAUAAAACGGAAACCGAAAAUGAAAAUGACAUGGAAAUUGACGAUCUAUUUGGUGGUGAUGAGAGCGAAGAUAACGAUGAUUUGGAAGAAGUUGACGGUGAAAAAGAAAAACUCACACCUUCAAAUAUUACUGUUGAGAGAAAUGGUGAAAAUGAUAAUGCUUUGGAAGAGGAGUUUGUUUCUAAGCCAACACCAUCUAAGGAAAAUGCAAAUCUCGACUCUAAGAUAGCACCACCAGAUUCAAUCAACGAAGAUAUUGUCCCCGGCAAAGAGGAUAUAAAACCAAAAGAAGUAAGACCAUCAUAUAUUGAUAUUUUAAAAGAUAAAAUGACAAUUGAAAAAAUUGAUAGCAGUCCCGAUUAUAAAGAUCCUGGAGCCCCUCUUCCCAUUAUCCCGACUCCAUUAGUUCUGUCAACUAUUUCGCAAUCGGCUGCAACAAGUAAUCCACCGUCAGUCGGGUCAGGAUUAGGGCCAGGAGGUGAGGCGCUACAUGAGGGUAACAAUGCAUAUGUGCAGUCUUCACAGAUUCUGCAAUUACCUCAACAGAAAUCUGCAUUUUCGCCAAUUUUAUUUAAUCCUAUUAUAAAAAGUGAUAUAGACACCAAGUACGGAAAAGGGGGUAAAUUUUAUGUUGCAAAAGACAGUACUAGUAAUGGAAAUUUUGAAGGAAAGAAUAGAUCACUCAGAGCAACUAGUGUAAGUGGAAUGGAGAUUCCAUUUUCUAGUGAGGACAAGAAAAGGCUACAACACGAAUUGGAAUUACUAGAUUCUUCUACCACAAGUGAGAAUGACGAAGGAGGAGACAAUGAUGACGAUGGUAAUGAUUAUGAAAAUGACAAGGGGGACGACGACUACGAAGAGGAGGAAGAGGAGGAAGAGGAAGAGGAAAGCGAUGAAGAUGAAGAAUCAGAUAUUGGCAAAUCUACACCUUUAAAGCUCAACACACAAAACGAUUCAUUGCCACCUCAGCAAAGCAAUUACAACCCUAUUAAUACUAACGAUCUGGGAUCCAAUACAAGCAAUAACAACACUGAUAAACAGGGUUUUGAAAAUACAGAAGGAUUUGGCACGCCUUUCCCCAAUCAAGUAUCCAAAUAUUCCAUGAAGCCAGAGUCACCAUUUGCUGGUAAUGACAUGCAAAGCUCAGUGUCUCCCAUGUAUUUCGAUACAUCACAAAGCCACCAGUCACCACAAUUGCAACCAUCUGCUGGAACUUUAGAAGUUUUGAAAACCAGUUCUUUGGAGUCGCCCUCUAAAAUUAGUGAAUCCUCAAAUUACUUGCCCCUAAUAUUAAGAAGCAUUAAUGUUGCCACCAUUCCAAGUCUGUAUUUGAUGAACAACCUAAUAAGCAGCAAAUUGUUGCCUUCGUUUACCAUAAGUGACGACGCCUUAGAGAAUGAUCUAGAUAUAACCAAAAGCAAUGAAAUGAUUGUCAAGUUGGGGUUUUUGAAGGAAUUUCUUGAUUUCAUGUCUCCGAAUAUUAUUUUUGAUUUAGGGUUGAUGACAACCGAUGAAUCUGAUUAUUAUAUAAAUGGUGCAGAUGACUUGUCUUUGGGUCUGAACACAGGGUUAUCUUCAGAUUGGAUCUUGAAUAACUUAUCAAAAGUAUUUCCUUGCACAUACCCAAUGAAGUUGAUUGAACUCCUUUAUGAUUUUAAAAGCUUAGAGUUGGAAGAUCAACUAGAUAAUCAGUUGAAUUUUUUGAAUGAGAUUGCAAACGAAGAAGACUUCGGUGGUCCAAAAGCAUUAUAUCGAAAGUUAAAAGCAUUGGAAUGGGAUUCGUUUUCUUCGAACGACCUAAACAAAGCUAAUUUUGAUAAGUAUAAAAAUGUGAUGGAAAAAUUGAGUACUGAAAAUGCGGUUAAUGAUGAUGACUAUUUUAGGCUACCAACUGUGAAAACUAGAAUAUUGAAAAAUGGUAACAUUGUAAACUUAAACAACAUUGGUUUGAAGUUUUGGAAAUAUUUAAAUUUCAAUCCAGUGAAAAAAUCAAAAGACUUUCAAAUAUUAUUGAUUGCUGAAACCCAUCGUAACACCGCUUCUUAUGCCACUGAGUUUUUGGAACAAAUUAUUCAAAACUAUAAGGAAUGCAACUUUGGGACGAUUUCGAAAGUGAAUUUAUCCACAGUAGAGACUCGUCCUGAUUUGGAGCCAAUAUCGGGUGGAUUGGUUCUAGUCAAUAAGGGGCAUGAUCAACUGUACAAUGAUUUUUACAUCCAGACAAACAAGAAGUUGAUAUCACUAGUUGAAUUGAUAAAAUUGGAUUUGAUUAAUAAAACAAACAACUUUGAAUUUGGGAAACCAUUGUUAUUGUUUUUCAUUGAUUUCAACGAGAGCUUGAACUCAAAUGUGCAAAUUUGCAAAAUCUUUAGAAAUUUCAAGGUUGCAUUAACAACACAUCAAUUACCAUUGGUAGAUAUAUUUACUAAAAUUGUGCCGUCGUCUCUUCUAGUUAAGAAGGUGUAUCAUGAAUCUGCAUUAAAGGUGUUUAGCAAUUAUAAACUAACGAAGCUUUCUAUGAAUUUAUAUAAUGAAUGCCCUAAUGAUCUAGUAAACAAGUCCAUUGUUAAGAAUUUGUUUACUACGAUAGUGAAAGAUCCUCCUUCAAAGAUACAGUUUAAAUUCAUGAAUAAUAGCUAUAGAGACAAUAGUUCAAAUAAUGACAUUUUCCUCCACUUGGCAUAUGAAAGAUCUAUUGACAACAAUUGGUUCGUAGCGUCUUGGUCCGAUCCAUUAGGUCAGGUGGUUCAUGUCAAAUCAUGGUACUGUUCGGACACUGUUUCCAAAUCUGAGAAAUCAACAUACCGGGGUGACGUAAUGGAUAUUAUGAGUAUUACAGAUGAUAUAUGGAAUAUAUCUACAGAAUUGUUUAAAAUCUUGAACGACGAACUGUGUUCAAUUGGAGGAAAGAAAUUUUUGGUAUUGACUAGGAUCAACAGCAUCAUACCCGAUGUGGAAUUAGUUCACUGGAAACGAUUGAGCCUGAAGCAUAAAGAAAUCUCACUUAUAGUUAUGUCUGUACGUCAGACUCCUAGAAUGGUGGGUUCCAACGAGUCUGAAACGUUAGAGCCCAAGAGCAAUGAUUCUGCCCCUACACCAAUGAUACAAGACAAAGAUAUCUUUUUUGGUUUCAAGCAAACAUUUUCCACGUCUAAUACUUCAUCACCAAGUGCUUCUGGAGGGGCUCUUGUCACAUCUCCCAACAGUUUGAGUUUACACUCUCCGCAACAAUUCCUCAAUGCGCCUGCAAACUUUUUAUCUCCGCAAGAUCUCAUAGCUCCCUCAUCGCUGGGGAUAUCUAGUGCCAAGCCGGGCAACAGCAGUAUUGAUCCUGAGGUGGUAUUAGAAAUUCAAGACAAUGAAGUAUACGGUGUGAUACCUAAAGUGCCUCUCCCGUCGUUCAAUUCACCCACAAGGUUUUGUAUGAAAACAGGCUACUUAAUGAUGCAGGUUAAUCAACCGACAGAGGAAGAGUAUCAGGAUGACGUCAAGAAAGCUUACUUGGUAUACGAAAUUAAUGUUUUAAGUUGCUCAAAUUAUUGGAAUUUGGAUGUUUUGAUGAAAUUGAUAAUGCUGCAAUACAAACAAAUGAUUGCUUUAAACGACAUUUUAUGUAUGAAUCCUAUUUUGGGAGAACUGGUCAUAUCAGGAGCUCAUUCUAGAAAUAAUGCUAUUGUUCCAUGGCAUAUAAAUGCUGUAGGCAAAUUGUUGGAUUAUUUAGUGCACAUUUAUGUAGAUAAAGAUUGA